AGUCUUCAAGUCUUGAUCAUCAUGGCUCGCGCGCUUCGCAAAAACCCUUUGAGGCUGUGGGAAAGACUCUACCUUGUCGCCCAUCUCCUCACCAUCGACACCGCCCAUUUGCUUCUCAACGCCAUCACUUGCGUCAGUCUCGCCAUCCUGCGCGGGGUCCCCAUCCGCCACUACUUCAGAGUCGCCUACAAUCGCUUCGCCCUCGGCUGUCUCUCUCCGCGUGAGAUCCAGCACAUGAGUCCGUCGACCGCUACCAUCUACCGUGAAUGGAUUGCCUCCACCCGCGCUGCUUCCCAGGCUCGCAUCGACUCCGGCCACGCCACCCCCGAUGACCAAUACAUCCUCGACCACCUCCACCGUCACGAAGAGAUCCUUUCUGACGGCGAGUCUUCUAUCCUCUGGGUCGGCGACCGCCGCCGCGCACUCAAGUUCGUCCUCUUCUUCCACGGCGGCGGCUUCAUCGCGCCCAUGCAGGAUGGCCACCUCGAGUGGUGUCUGCGGUCUUACAUCCAAGCCGGCCGGCUUCAUCAUCAACACGUUGCCGUCGCCGUGCUGCAGUACACCCUCGCCCCCGAGGCCCGCUAUCCCGUCCAGCUCUCCCAGGCGGCUGACGCGCUGGCGUACCUGCUCAAGCUGGGCGUGCGGCCGCGCGAUCUGGUCAUUGGCGGCGACUCGGCCGGCGCUAAUCUAGCGGCCCAGAUCAUGAGUCACUUGCUGCAUCCACAUCCGGACGCCAGGAAGAUUGCACUCCCGCUGGAGGAGCGCAUAGCUGGCGUGUUCGCUGUCAGUCCCUGGGUGAGCGCCAGGACGGAUGAUCAGAGCAUGGCGGAUAAUGCGCUCAUUGAUAUGCUGUCGCCCGUGAUUAUGGAGAAGGCGGUUCAGGAGCUCUUUGGUAACCACAACAAGUAUAACGCCGAGAAGAAGAGGGGUCAGGGAUGGGCUAUGCCGGCGGAUGUGGAUACGGGCGCGUGGUACAAGGGGCUGGGAAAGUUUGUUGAGAGGGUUUAUGUCACCUUGGGUACCCAGGAGGUGUUCAGGGACCAAAGUAUUGUGUUCGCUGAGGGGAUCAGGAGGACGAAUCCGGAUAUAGACGUGGUUUUGGAGGAGGCGUAUGAUGAAGCGCACGAUUUCAUUCUAUUGGAAGGCAAACGAAAGGAGGAUGGGACCGCCACUAGACGGAUGAGGAAGUGGAUUGAAGGGGUGUUUUGGUGAGGCAAGCGUCUUUUGGGAAGAAGAGGGUACAUACCUAGACUUGGGGGUGCAGAACAGAAAACAGAAAGCUGAUGGAAUGGGACCACAACGACAAGCAACUGGAGAAAAAAUGGGACACAAUACAACGAAACAGACAGUGCUCUGAGUGGUACAUGUUGGAUAGGCAGGAACUGAUGCAAUACAAGAGGAAAAUCAUAGGGAUACCUACCUAUUGGAGUGCAUCUGCGAAAACCACAAAGGAAACGCGGUACGGACCCUGCUCCAACCGGUGAGUCUGGGGGAAAGCUCGGUCUUUAAACUACCCCUCAACCUAGGCACGUGCUAGGUUAGAUGGUUUAGGGUUCACCAGCUUUCGGGACAGAGCCAACAGCUCUUCCAUGCUGUCACUGGUUGGUGGAAAAUGCUGACUGUAUGGCCUGAUACUUGACACUGCAUUGGUCCACCGCACCGAGACCAACUACCUCUAGAGGAAGAUACUGCGUUGUG